GCUCCCUCCCUCCCUCUUAGGUCACUCUUUCAAAGCCUGGAAUAAAAACCACAGCCAACUUCCGAGGCGGCCUCAUUGCCCAGCUGCCCCCCAGCCUGUGACAGGUUCCAUCCAGCCUCCUUGUCCCGUCCCGGUGACGACCUUUUCCCAGAGGCGCCUAGAUCCUUCGGUUUUAUCUCUCAAACCAUGGACAAGUUUUGGUGGCAAGCAGCUUGGGGACUUUGCCUCUUGCAACUGAGCCUGGCGCAACCACAGAUCGAUUUGAAUAUAACCUGCCGCUACGCAGGUGUAUAUCAUGUGGAGAAGAAUGGCCGCUACAGCAUCUCACGGACUGAGGCAGCUGACCUCUGCAAGGCUUUCAACAGCACCUUGCCCACCAUGGCCCAGAUGGAGCUGGCUCUAAACAAGGGGUUUGAAACAUGCAGGUAUGGGUUCAUAGAAGGGCAUGUGGUCAUCCCGAGGAUCAACCCCAAUGCUAUCUGUGCAGCUAACCACACAGGAGUAUAUGUCCUCACAUCGUCCAACACCUCCCGCUAUGACACGUACUGUUUCAAUGCCUCAGCUCCUAUUGGAGAAGACUGUACAUCAGUCACAGACAUACCCAAUUCCUUCGAUGGACCAGUGACCAUAACUAUUGUCAACCGUGACGGUACCCGCUACAGCAAGAAGGGUGUAGAGUAUAGAACACACCAAGAAGACAUUGAUGCAUCCAACACUAUGGAUGAGGAUGUCAGUAGUGGGUCAUCCAGUGAGAAGAGCACCUCAGAUAGCUACAUUUUACACACCUACCUUCCUACUGGCUACCCGACUGGAGACCAGGAUGAUGACUUCUUCAUGGGGAGCACCCAGCCCACCAUUGCCUCAACUGUGCACUCAAACAGCCAUGCAGCAACUCAGAAACAAAGUAAUUGGAUGUGGUUUUGGUUUGGUAAUUCACAAUCCACGACUCAGACUCAGGAGCCCACAACGACAGCAACUACAGCCUUGAUGCCCAAGAGGCAAGAAGCCCAGAACUGGUUUUCAUGGUUUUUUCAACCACCAGAGUCCAAGAGUCAUCUUCACACAACAACGAAGAUGCCUGGUAUGGACUCAAAUACCAACCAAGCAGGCUGGGAGCCAAAAGAGGAAAACGAAGAUGAAACAGACAAAUACCCCAGUUUUUCUGGAUCAGGCACUGAUGAUGAUGAAGAUUUUAUCUCCAGCACCAUUGCAUCCACUUCACGGGUUUCUGACCACACAAAACAAAAUCAGAACUGGACCCAGUGGAAGCCAAUCCAUUCAAACCCAGAAGUACGACUUCAGACAACCACCACGAUGACUGAUAUAAACAGAAAUAGCACCAUUGCUCAUGGAGAAAACUGGACCCGGGACCCACAGCCUCCUUUCAAUCACCAUGAGUAUGAGGAUGAAGAGGAGAGCCCACAUGCUACUAGCACAACUCCUAAUAGUAUGGCAGAAGAAGCAGCUACCCAGCAGGAGAAAUGGUUUGCGAAUGAAUGGCAGGGGGAGUACCCACCCACACCAAGUGAAGACUCCCGUGCCACAGAAGGGACAACUGCCUCAGCCCACAACAGCCAUCCAAGUCAAAGAAUGACAACACAGAGUCAAGAGGAUGCCUCCUGGACUGAAUUCUCCGACCCAAUAUCACACCCAAUGAGACAAGGCCAUCAAACAGAAAGGAAGGAUACGGACUUCAGUCAUAGUACAACCCUUCAGCCCACUGCAGCUCCAGAUUCUCAUUUGGUGGAAGACUUGAACAGGACAGGACCACUUUCAGUGACAACUCCACAGAGUCAUUCUCAGAACUUCUCUACAUCAAAUGGAGAGCUGGAAGAAGACAAAGACCAUCCAACAACUCCUAUUCUGCCAUCUAGCACUAGGAGAGGUGGUAAAGACGGAAGAAGAGGUGAAAGUCUUCCCAAAGGUGCAACUACUUCACUGGAAGGCUACACCACUCAUUACCCAGACACAAUGGAAAAUGGGACUCUCAUCCCAAUGACCCCUACUAAGACUGGGGUCUUUGGUGAAACUGAAGUGACUGUUGCGGCAGAUUCCGACUUUAAUGCUGAUGGCUCCCUAUCAGGAGACCGAGACUCAUCCAUGGACCCCAGUAGGGGUUCCCAACCUGUGACUCACGGAUCUGAAUCAGCUGGACACUCAAGCGGGAAUCAAGGUGGUGGGGCGAACACAACUUCUGGUCCUGGGAGGAGUCCUCAGAUUCCAGAAUGGCUCAUCAUCUUAGCUUCCCUCCUGGCGCUGGCUCUGAUUCUUGCCGUUUGCAUUGCUAUCAACAGUAGGAGAAGGUGUGGGCAGAAGAAAAAGCUGGUGAUCAACAGUGGCAAUGGAACAGUGGAGGACAGGAAGCCAACUGAGCUCAAUGGCGAGGCCAGCAAGUCUCAGGAAAUGGUGCAUUUGGUGAACAAGGAGCCGUCAGAGACUCCAGACCACUAUACGACAGCUGAUGAGACCCGGAAUCUGCAGAAUGUGGACAUGAAGAUUGGGGUGUAAUGCCUAUGCCAUUAACUUGAAAAGACACCAUAGUUGGAGAUAUGUCAUUACUGGGAGCUGGGACCCUUUAACAGAUGCAAUGUGCUACUGAUUAUUUUUAUUGGGGGAUAUUUUUUAGCAUAAAAUUUUCUAUGCCUUUUUAUUUUGUUUUUUAAGUGUGUUCCAAUUUAUGAAACUAGCAUUGCUUUCUGAAAAGAGGGCCCAAAGAAAACUCCAUUAAGAAUUUGACUCUUCCAGCUCCUUCUUAGAGGCCUUGCAUUCCCUGGGUAUGCUAUGGAUGGCUUCUACCAAAUGCAUAUUCUUGGUCCCUAUUGAACCUUCUCCCUAACCUAAGUUUCAGGUAACAGCCACUAGCUACGGACUUUCCCCAGAGCUUAGAGGGAUUGGUCUCUGGGAGGACAUUUGAAUGGGUCCAUAUUGUCACCCCAGCAGUCCAAUCCUUGGGCAUUGCUUUCCAGUGGGGUGGGAGAUCAGGUGUACUGGUUACACACCCUCUUUACAGACACUCCUCAGAUGGAAAAUUUUCAGAUGCUUCCAAGAGAUCCCCAAAGGGUGAUGCUAUUUAUCUGUAGUAAGCUAUUUAUCUUUGUUUUUGAAAUAACAAACCCUGGAGGUCCUUUGUUCAGUAUGACAUUUCGUUUUUGUUUUUGAUUUUUUUUUUUUUAGGUUACUUUGUCAGAAACAUAACAGGGGUACAAGUUGAUACAAUAAACACC